ACUUAGCUUAAACCGUUGAAUGAAAAUUCUAACCUCUAUUCCUGCAAGUUCCAUUCCAUGGUUCAUGGUUCUCAACUUUUUGUUUUUCAAGACUUUCAAGUUUAGUUAUAGUUUUUGAGUUUCACUGAUGUUAUAGAUCUUUCAUGUUCCAGUGAUAUAAAAUGAUCAAAAGCUCCAGACUUUUAUUCCGAGCUAAUUCCUCGCUUCAAAGGAGCUUACUAGUUAUAUCGGAAUCCUUCUCGAAGACCAUUUAUACUACAAGCGAUAGUAGAAUACGUUCUGGAGAGUUCAUUGAUCACAGAUUGAGAAACCAGUCUUCCAAGUAUGUGUGCCAGUGCAGACAUUUAUACCUUUCUAGUAAUCUGUACAAGAAGAAGAAGACGCGCGAAGAAAAGAAACAGAAAAGAGACUUAGCUCUUCCUGACUCGAAUCACAAGAAAAAACGUGUCAUCCCAAUAUGGCUUGGAAUGACUGUUAGCGACUUGGCUGAAUCUCUCGAAAUGACACUAGAUAACUUACAAGAGUUGAUGACAUUCGUGCCCAACACAGCAAUGUACAAUAAGCCAUCAUCGAAAUUCGACAAUUUCGCCACAUUGCAAAUGGUAAUCAAACAACUGGAUUACCGGUGGAUGUUGGUUCCAAAAGAUAUCAAAAAUCGUGCCAAAGAUGAGGAGAAAUCUAAUAAAGAUAUUGUCAGACAACCUCCGCCAGACCCGAAGUGCCUAGUUGCAAGAUGGCCGGUGGUUACUGUCAUGGGUCAUGUGGAUCAUGGGAAAACGACGUUGCUAGAUAAAUUGAGAAACACUAAUGUUGUUCAAAACGAAUUUGGAGGUAUAACUCAGCAUAUCGGUGCUUUUUUAGUGACAGUCAACGACAAGAAGAUCACGUUUCUGGACACGCCGGGUCACGCUGCGUUUUCGACUAUGCGCAUGCGUGGUGCUUCAGUGACAGACGUGGUUGUUCUAGUCGUGGCAGCUGAUGAUGGAGUCAUGGAACAGACCGACGAGUCGAUCCGGAUGGCAAGGGAGGCUAACGUGCCCAUCGUGAUAGCGAUCAACAAAAUAGAUAAGCCACAAGCUGAUAUAGAUCGCACGAAACGCAUGCUGCUGCAGCGUGGCCUUGAGCUGGAGGAGGCGGGGGGUGACGUGCAAGCGGUGCCCAUUUCGGCCUUGAAGGGCACCAACCUCGAUCAGCUGAUCGACGCCAUCUUGAUUCAGGCCGAGGUCAUGCAGCUGAAGGCCGACCCCACCGGGCGCUGCGAGGGGGUUGUCAUCGAGUCCAGGAAUGACGCUAAGAAAGGUAAAAUAGCGACGGUGCUAGUGCAACGCGGCACGCUGCGGGAAGGCGCCGUAGUGGUCGCGGGGGAGGCGUGGGCGCGCGUACGCACACUCACAGAUGAACGACAGGUGCGUAUGCGCAGAGAAGGGGCGCCCCCCGCCACCCCUGCAGAGGUCACCGGCUGGCGACAAGUGCCCAACGCUGGCGAGAUUGUGCUCGAGGUCGACACUGAGAAAAGAGCCAAAGAAGUAGUGGAAUGGCGAGAGGCUCAAAAUCUGAUUGAAAAGGCUGAAAAAGAUUCAGAGGAAAUCAACAAGAAAAAUGAAGAACACCAGAUGACUCACAGAGCGAAGAUGCUUGAGAGAAGGAGCGCAGGCUACAGAACCUAUCGCAGGCGUGGACUAAUGAGAGAGAAGGCACCUGAUUUGUCCAGCACUGAUCCUCAGCUCACCAUCAUCAUAAAAGGUGACGUUGAUGGGUCAGUGGAGGCAAUCCUUGAUGUGUUGAUGACCUACAAGAGUGAUUUGUGUAAACUGGAUGUGGCUCACUUUGAUGUGGGCCAAGUCUCACUCUACGAUGUUACAGUGGCCGAACCUUUCAAUGGUAUAAUAUACGCUUUCAAUGUGGGAGUUCUUGAUGAUGCCAAAGCUUUAGCCGAAGAGAAGAACGUUCGAAUACAUUCGUUCAAUGUUAUCUACAGUCUGAUUGAUGAUUUGAAAACUGAAAUAAAUAAAGUUUUGCCACCCAUUGACGUUGAAAACAUUUUAGGUGAGGCUCGAGUGCAGCAACAGUUCAUAAUCACAGAAAACAGGAAGAAGGUUCCCGUAGCAGGCUGUCUUUGCUACACUGGUGAACUUAGGAAAUCAGCUCUGUUCAAGGUUGUCAGGAACGACACAACUGUUCAUGACGGUAAACUAGAGUCAAUGCGUCACAUGAAAGACGAAGUGGAAAAGAUCAAAACGAACGUGGACUGCGGUCUGCGCUUUGCUGACACCAGCGUUAUUGUGGAACCGGGUGACGUCAUCAUUUGCUACGAAAAAGAGAAGAAAUCCCAGACCACCGACUGGGACCCAGGUUUCUAGUGAUUUAUGAAUUAUUAAUAAUUAGGCUACUGUAGUAUUAAAUGCUCAUUAUUUUGUUAUAAGCAAUAAAUCGUUUUCAAAACUA